GUGAGAGAUGCGCCGGCGGCGGUGUGCCAUCGUCUCCCCGCGAGCCUCCGCAUGACAUGAGAAUCCAGUGGUGCUUGAGCAGAGGCGCCAAAUCAAUCAGAGGAGUUGCAGUCCCCAAUCGAAGAAGCAGCAGCAGCAGCAGCAGCUCCGUAAUCAAGCAGCUCUGCUCCGGGCUGCAACCGGCAAUCCAAGAAAUCAACCGGCUCCUCUCCGAGCCGCUGUCCGCAAUCGAAGCGGCUCCCUUUUCUAGUCGCAGUCCGGAAUCAAAGCAGUUCUUCCCGGGAUACAAUCAGAAACAGGUCCUGUUUCGAGUUCACCUCCGAGUUUGCCGCAAUAAAUCUGGCCGGGCGACCACUUUUAAGAAGAGACGAGCAACUCCCAUCCACCAACCACCAGAUUCACGGCGACUGGCUGUCAGAUCGACGGCCAGGCCACAGUCCUCCCUAGCCAUGGGGAAGGGAAGUCGGGAUGAUCGGCUGAGCAAGUUGCCCGAUGACAUUUUGCUCAACAUCGUCGACCGACUCGGAAUUCUCGACGUCGCAAGAACCAGCGUCCUGUCCAAAAGGUGGAGGCGGAUCCCUGCCAUGCUCUCGAAAAUCGACAUCGCGGUCGGUUCCUUUCGGCUGGCACAAGACAGGUCCAACGUGACGAGUGACGAUGUCGUUCGUGCCAGUUCCACCACCGUCGAAGCAACCAGGAGGAUGCUGGGAAAUAGGCCCCCAAGUCCAUACCCCGUUCACCACCUCUCCGUGCAAUUAUUCUUGGGAGAUGAUUCCAUCUCCAUUGGACAGAUUGUGGCAAACACUAUGGCAACACAAAAUGUUGGUUCUUCGGAGUUUACGAUUCUGACACACAAGGAUGGCAGGAAAUGCACCUAUGAUGAAGUGAUUGCUUACGGGAGGCAGCUCAGGUCAUUUGUUGAUGCUUGCCCGGUCGCGUUUGGUGGCCUCACACGCCUCAAGCUGGAACAUUUGACGCUGGCUCAAUCGGAUUUCCCGGAAAUAUUUGGUAUAUGUAAGAGGCUGGAGUUCCUCCACUUGUUCAACUGCGACGUGGAGAUUUCGUCUUCUCUACAAGUGGAACACCCUCAACUCAGCCAACUUGAGAUUAUCAACUGCAGAUUUGAGAGUGGUGUUGAUCUGAAAUGGCUACCAAAGCUUGCACUGCUGACUUUUAAAGGUUGGCUCUCACAGGAGGAUCCGUUUUGCGUUGGUCAUGCCCCACUGCUCCAGAGUGUGAGCAUCACUAAUAUUGGUCUUUCUUAUCACAAGAUGCUCAAGUUAAGUGAGGUCCUUGGCAAAGCAACCAUAAGUGAUCUCCAUCUCAAUUUCAGAUGCGAAAAGAUUUGGGUUAAACCAGAAGGUCCAAGACAAUUGUGGCAGGUGUUUCGUUCACUAAAGGUUGUGACUUUGGAUAACAUUUCUGAAGAAUGUGAUCUGACUUGGACGCUAUUCAUUCUCCAAGGCGCACCCUUCCUGAAGGAGCUGUGCAUACAGGUGUGGGAUAAUGUAUGCGAUAUGAUGGUAGACGAGGAAGAGAGGAGGAAGCAUGCGUUUAGCGAGGAGAGGAAGGACAAAGGCGCAGGGUGGGAAGGACUGGCAUCUGAUUUCAAGCACCACAAUCUGGCUGUGCUAAGGAUUUAUGGGUUUCAAGCAGAAUGCAAGUUCUUUGAAUUUAUUAGAAGUGUGAUGGAAGCUGCAGUUGAUCUCCAAGGCAUAUACCUGCAUAACAGGGUAUUGUGUAAAAGGCGCAAUCUCAUGGUUCCAAGCACUUCCAAAUACCCGAAAACAUAUAAGCAGAAGAUGUCGGUGAGGAACAAAAUCUACGAGGGCAAUUGCUGGAUGGUUGGGAUACACUUCCCGGGCUGAAGUGCCGAGGUGCUGCAGGGAUCAAGCUUGUUGUUGGUACGCGGCCCUGAAGGGAUCAACUUGCUUGGGUUGAUGAUCUGAGGUCACUGCAGUAAUCAAGUUUGUUGUUAGUAUGCUCCCCUUGUGUGAAAUCUCUUCCCCGUUGUGCUGUGUUAGCUGAUUAUCUUGUACUGUGGUACUAGCAUUUGUUAUCACUUAGAGCAGUGACUGGUGUAUUUUGUGAUGGAAAUUAUGUUCACUCCUACUAGCAUUUGUUAUCACUUGGAGCAGUAACCAUGGUGGUGUAUUUUGAAAUGGGAAUCGCUGGUAAUUUAUGCUUCA